UCAAUUUCAGUUUUAUCCCGUUACUCUACUGGAAGGGGAGACUGGCUUGCUCAGUCUGUUUUAGCUUUGAUAAAGGAGGGACAGAAAGGUGCAAGGAGCAAGUGAGCAAGGGGUGAGAGGCAACUGGAACUGUUCUUGGUGUGUGUGGAGCAGGAAUCACUUCUAGGUUAGCAGGUUGCCAUGGCAUCUGGACCCAACAUGAUGGACCCCAUUUGUCUGGUGGAAAAUGACAAUGAGCUGCUGUCAGUGAACCAGGAAGCUCUACAGAUUCUUGAGAAGAUUUCACAGCCAUUGGUGGUGGUGGCCAUUGUAGGACUGUAUCGUACAGGCAAAUCCUACUUGAUGAACCGUCUUAAAGGACAGAACAAUGGUUCCCCUCUGGGCUCUACAGUGCAGUCUAAAACAAAGGGCAUCUGGAUGUGGUGUGUGCCUCACCCUUCCAAGUCAGACCAUACCCUGGUCCUUCUGGACACAGAGGACCUGGGCGAUGUGGAAAAGGGUGACCCUAAGAAUGACUCGUGGAUCUUUGCCCUGGCUGUGCUUCUAUGUAGCAGCUUUGUCUACAACAGCAUGAACACCAUCAACCACCAGGCCUUGGAACAACUGCAUUAUGUGACAGAGCUCACAGAACUCAUCAGGGCCAAGUCCUCUUCAAGAUCUGGUGUACUAGAAGAUUCCACAGAGUUUGUGAGUUUCUUUCCAGACUUUAUCUGGACUGUACGGGAUUUCACCCUGGAACUGAUGUUAAACGGUCACCCUAUCACAGAAGAUGAGUUGGAGAAUGCCUUGAAGCUGAUUCCAGGCAAGAAUCCCAAAGCCCAAACAUCAAAUCUACCCAGAGAGUGUAUCAGGCAUUUCUUUCCAACACGGAAAUGUUUUGUCUUUGACCGGCCAACAAAUGACAAAGAACUUCUAGCUGAUAUUGAGAAUGUGUCUGAAGACCAACUGGAUCCUAAAUUCCUGGAACAAACAAACAAUUUCUGUUCUUACAUCUUCACCAAUGCAAAAACCAAGACCCUCAGAGAGGGAAUCACAGUCACUGGGAACCGUCUGAGGACUCUGGUUGUGACCUAUGUGGAUACCAUCAAUACUGGAGCUGUACCUUGUUUGGAGAACGCAGUGACAACUCUGGCCCAGUUGGAGAACUCAGCGGCCGUGCAGAAGGCAGCCGACCACUACAGUGAGCAGAUGGCCCAGCAACUGAGGCUCCCCACGGACAUGCUCCAGGAGCUUCUGGAGGUGCAUGCAGCCUGUGAGAGGGAAGCCAUUGCAAUCUUCAUGGAGUGCUCCUUCAAGGAUGAAAAUCAGGAAUUCCAGAAGAAUCUUGUGGAAAUCAUAAAGGAUAAGAAGGAGGGUUUCUUGCUGCAGAAUGAACAGGCAUCUGUCAAAUACUGCCAGGCUAAACUUCAGGAGCUUUCCAAGGCCCUAAUGGAAAAUAUUUCAGCAGGCACUUUUUCUGUUCCUGGAGGUCAUGAACUCUACAGGAAAGCAAAGGGAAUGGUUGAAAGCGAGUAUUGCCAAGUGCCCAGGAAAGGAGUGAAGGCAAACGAAGUCCUCCAGAACUUUCUGCUGUCACAGGUGGCAAUAGAGAUAUCCAUCCUGCAGGCAGAUAAAGCCCUCAGUGAUGGGGAGAAGGCUGUAGCAGAGGAGCAGGCCAGGAGGGAGACAGCUGAGAGGGAACAGGAGCUGCUGAAACAGAAACUGCAGGAGCUGGAGCAGCAGACGGAAGCACGACAGAGGAGUCUCCAGGAAAACAUAGCCCAGCUGACAGAGAAGCUGGCGAGGAGAAGAGAAAAGCUACUGAGAGAGCACAAUAUGAUGUUGGAGCAUAAGCUGAAGGUCCAGGAAGCUCUGCUUAAAGAAGGAUUUAGAAAGAAAUCUGAGGAGAUGAAUGCAGAGAUAAAUCGUUUGAAAAAUAUGAUUGAUAAUACUAAAGAUGAUGAUACUCCCUGGCUGGCAGUAGCCUUGGACAAAUUUGGCAAAGAGAUCUCUUCACUAUUGUGCACUCCAGGCAAACUUCUUGGUCAUAUUGCAAACGAAGUCCUCCAGAACUUUCUGCUGUCACAGGUGGCAAUAGAGAUAUCCAUCCUGCAGGCAGAUAAAGCCCUCAGUGAUGGGGAGAAGGCUGUAGCAGAGGAGCAGGCCAGGAGGGAGACAGCUGAGAGGGAACAGGAGCUGCUGAAACAGAAACUGCAGGAGCUGGAGCAGCAGACGGAAGCACGACAGAGGAGUCUCCAGGAAAACAUAGCCCAGCUGACAGAGAAGCUGGCGAGGAGAAGAGAAAAGCUACUGAGAGAGCACAAUAUGAUGUUGGAGCAUAAGCUGAAGGUCCAGGAAGCUCUGCUUAAAGAAGGAUUUAGAAAGAAAUCUGAGGAGAUGAAUGCAGAGAUAAAUCGUUUGAAAAAUAUGAUUGAUAAUACUAAAGAUGAUGAUACUCCCUGGCUGGCAGUAGCCUUGGACAAAUUUGGCAAAGAGAUCUCUUCACUAUUGUGCACUCCAGGCAAACUUCUUGGUCAUAUUGCAAACGAAGUCCUCCAGAACUUUCUGCUGUCACAGGUGGCAAUAGAGAUAUCCAUCCUGCAGGCAGAUAAAGCCCUCAGUGAUGGGGAGAAGGCUGUAGCAGAGGAGCAGGCCAGGAGGGAGACAGCUGAGAGGGAACAGGAGCUGCUGAAACAGAAACUGCAGGAGCUGGAGCAGCAGACGGAAGCACGACAGAGGAGUCUCCAGGAAAACAUAGCCCAGCUGACAGAGAAGCUGGCGAGGAGAAGAGAAAAGCUACUGAGAGAGCACAAUAUGAUGUUGGAGCAUAAGCUGAAGGUCCAGGAAGCUCUGCUUAAAGAAGGAUUUAGAAAGAAAUCUGAGGAGAUGAAUGCAGAGAUAAAUCAUUUGAAAAAUAUGAUUGAUAAUACUAAAGAUGAUGAUACUCCCUGGCUGGCAGUAGCCUUGGACGAAUUUGGCAAAGAGAUCUCUUCACUAUUGUGCACUCCAGUCAAACUUCUUGGUCAUAUUGUGAGUGGUGUGAGCUCCCUAUUCAAAACGAAGUAGCUCUUCUUUUAAAGAAAUUAUAGAUACACAAUAUAUGUACAUGCUCUGGCCUAUGUUUGGUGUGAAUGCUUUUCACUUUCGUUCAGCAAAUCUUUAAAUAUAAAAAGUGGUUACUAGAAAAUAUCAAUGCCUGGCCCACAUUAGAUAGAAUAAAUGCACUUUGAUAUAGCAUGUUCACUUUUAGGAAAUAUAUGUGUGCAAAAUCAUAUAUAUGUAUAUAUACAUACAUACAUACAAGAGGCCCAUUGAGGCAUCCCUUUUAAUGGCAAAAGAUUGGAAACUACUUAAAUGUCCAUCUAUAUAAACUGGUAAUAUACAUUUUCCAUGUACAUAUACUGGAAUACUAUGUAGCCAGUAAAAAAAUUGAUAGUGGAGGUUUAUAUGUAUAAAUAUAGAACAACCUUGAAGAUAUAUAGUAGAGUGAAAAAAAUGAGGUACAAAACAGUUUGUAUAAUCUGUUCACCAUAAAAAAUGCAAUUAUUAUGUGCACUCAUAUAUAUGUACACAUAGAACGCCUCUGGAAGAUUCAUUAGAAAGUGGUAUCAUUGGUUCCUUCUGGGGAGAACAGCUUGGCAUUCGUGAUGGAAGGGACACACACUUUUCAUUAUAUCCUCUAUCUUCUCAAUUUUGUAAAGAAAGCUUGUAUUAUCAUUUCUCAAAUGACAAAGAAAACAUAAAGUAUAAUACUAAAAAUGAUAAUAAAUGGAAUGUGAAAUUGA